GUGAAAAGUAGGAUUUGUUAAAACAUCAAACUUCUUCCCCUAGGUUUGCUCUGUUCCGAAAAUAAGGCAUCAGCUCACUACAAUGACUACUACAGCUUCUGUUAAGCAGAUUUUGGGCGAUCUAAACAAGGAUUCAUUCGUAACCCUUUUGGGGAAACUGAUCGGCGAGUCCAAAUAUGUACAGAACAAUCCGCCGGAGCUUAUCCCGGAGGAAGACAGGAUUGUGAAUCACGUUCUUGAUACACUUCUUCCUUAUAGCACCACCACCGGCGGCGGACCAUUGAUCAUCAAUCAUGUUACGUAUAAGCCUAAUAGGGGUAAUCUUAUUGUGGAGUACCCGGGUACUCAGCCCGGGAAAAUCUUGUCUUUUGUUGGAAUGCAUAUGGAUGUUGUCACUGCCAAUCCUGAUGAUUGGGAAUUUGAUCCCUUUUCAUUGAGCAUUGAUGGUGAUAAACUUCGAGGACGUGGAACUACUGAUUGUUUAGGUCAUGUGGCUCUUGUAUCCGAGCUUAUGAGGCGUCUUGGGGAGACAAAGCCACAGUUGAAAUCCACGGUGGUUGCUGUCUUCAUAGCCAGUGAAGAGAACUCAUCUAUCCCUGGGGUUGGUGUGGAUGCAUUAGUGAAGGAUGGAUUGCUUGAUAAGUUAAAGAAAGGCCCUCUAUUUUGGAUUGACACAGCAGAUAAACAACCAUGCAUUGGUACCGGUGGCAGUAUACCGUGGAAACUUCAUGUAACUGGAAAGCUUUUUCACAGUGGUCUCCCCCACAAGGCUAUCAAUCCUCUGGAGCUUGCUAUGGAAGCACUGAAAGAAAUUCAGUCCCGCUUCUAUAGAGAUUUCCCUGCGCAUCCAAAAGAACAAGUCUAUGAAUUUGCUACACCAUCGACCAUGAAACCAACUCAGUGGUUUUAUCCUGGGGGUGGAAUCAACCAAAUUCCUGGUGAGUGCACUGUUUCUGGAGAUGUUAGGUUGACUCCAUUUUACAGUGUAUCAGAUGCUAUGAAGAAAUUACAAGAAUAUGUUGAUGAUUUGAAUGCCAACAUUGAAAAACUUGAUGGUCGAGGUCCUGUUUCAAAAUAUGUUCUGCCAGAUGAGAACUUAAGGGGCAGAAUCACUAUAACUUUCGACGAAGCUUCGUCUGGAGUUGCUUGUGAUCUCAAUUCUCGGGGAUUUCAUGUACUAUGCAAAGCUACCAAAGAGGAAGUUGGGCAUGUAAAACCAUAUUCUAUAACUGGUACUCUGCCAUUGAUAAGAGAUCUACAGGACGAGGGUUUUGAUGUUCAAACUUCUGGCUACGGCUUAAUGGCUACAUACCAUGCAAAGAAUGAAUAUUGUCUACUGUCUGAUAUGUGCCAAGGUUUCCGGGUCUUUGCAAGCGUCAUCGCUCAGUUGGAAGAUUGAUCUGAGGUUUGAUUACAUCACAAUUCAGAGACUGGUUGACAGAAUUAGGUUUAUGAUAAAGUAGAACUCUUUCACUGAUGACUCCUGUUAUAAAUGUUGCUGGUUCUUUGUUGAAUCUGUGACUAAUUUAAGUACUUGAGCUGACGUUUUAACUUAUACUUGAAGUAAAUUUUAGCUUUGUUAAAACUAAAUCCCCAGCAUUACAGUAUCAUGUGUUUGUCAUUA